GUGUGCAGUGCGUUAUGAAAGUGUUGUGAUUCUGUAAUAUAAAAUCGUGUGUAUAAUUGAUAAUUACUAACGAAUGUGAAUAAUUACAGUACGUGUUUAUUCAAGUAAGAAGCGGAAUGAAUGUACGAUCGUCAUGAACGUUUUAUUAUAUGUAUAUACAAAUGUAGAUACAUGUUAACUUCGCGAUCAUGUGUAAGAUUGGUUAGUUCUUAAUCCAAGUGUUAAUUAAUUUGAAUUGUCUCCUGUGUUUUGAGUAAACGUUAAAUAAUUAAUGAAAAUCACCAUGGAAAACCAAAACGGCGCGACGGUUAAAAGCAACAACCCUGCUCCAACUGUAGAGCAGAUUAACGCCGAUCGAAUUACUCAGCUUGCAAACAAGUACUGGGCUCCGCAUACAAUGGAUUCGCAUCUUCCAUUCUGCUCGCAAAUAGUGGAAGAUAUUUAUGUCCAAGAGAUUUGUGCUUCUAAAUUCUCAAUUAGACGAAUCAUGAUGCUGGAGUUUAGUCAGUAUUUAGAAAAUUUUCUAUGGCCAAAUUAUGAUACAAAAACUGCCACGCGUGCUCAUACCAUGUCGAUUGUCGUCAUGGUCAAUGAGAAAUUUAGAGAACGUGUUCAAGUUUGGGAAGCAUUUGAAAAGAAUCCAGAACACUUUCCAGAAUUCUUUCAAAAAGUCUUAGAAGCAUGCCUCGAGGAGAGCAUAAUGGACUUUGACUUGAAGGAGCAGACAGCAUUAAUUGUUUUCCUGAAUCAUUGCUUUAAUUCUAUGGAAGUGUUAUUAGUUAGAGAAGAAGUGAAAAGAUUAGUGUCAUUGUCUAUGUGGAUUUCGCUACAGCAAGGUCGUAGGGAGUUGGAAUUCAGAAAAUAUCCAAAGUGGAAGAAGUAUUGGAAAGUGAUUAGGAAAAAAGACAAUCCUGAAUUUAAGGAAAGAUUAGAAUGGGAACGUAAAUUUUUACAUAAAUUGAUGAUAAAGUUUAUGACGAUAUUGGAAACAGUUACUGAAGAAGGACCACUUCUACCAGACAAGGUGCGUUAUUGCGAGAGGUUUCUUGAAUUGGUGAUUGACUUAGAAGCUCUGUUACCAACGAGACGUUUCUUCAACACCGUAAUGGACGAUUGCCAUUUGGUAGUAAGAUGCCAGUUAUCAAAUUUACUACAUCGCUCCGAGGGCGGAUUAUUUGGCCAGCUGUUGGAGAUGUUGAAAUUUUAUGCCAGAUUCGAAAUCAACGAAGAGAGCGGUGACCCUCUCACGGAUCAUGAUAUGACACAAUUGCAUUACACUAAGAUUACAUCACUUCAGAAAGCAGUUUUCGCGAAAUUCCCGGAUCUACGAGGCUUCGCGUUGGCGAAUGUGGCGAGCGUCGAUACCAGAGAGGCUCUUUACAAACAUUUUGGUUUGCUCAGUCAAGAGAAGCUCAGGUCGAUCGCAAGCUACCUAAGCUUGGUACCAUCGGAGGAACGUGAGAAAGAAGAAAACUGGUACCGGUAUGACAUCGAGUUCCUUCGAGAACUAUUGAUCUCACGACAUGAACGUAGAGCCUCUCAGUUGGAAGAGCUCAACGAAAUGCCACUCUAUCCGACCGAGGAGAUCAUUUGGAACGAAAGUAUAGUACCAACGGAAUACUUUUCCGGCGAGGGUUGUUUAGCUCUGCCGAAAUUAAAUUUACAAUUUCUUACCUUACACGAUUACCUGUUGAGGAACUUCAAUCUCUUCAGGCUCGAGUCAACCUAUGAAAUACGGCAAGACAUCGAGGAUGCUGUGAGCAGAUUGAGUCCUUGGCGAGCCGAGGAUGGCGGUGUAUAUUUUGGCGGCUGGGCUAGAAUGGCGCAGCCCAUUACGCAGUUUGCUGUUGUUGAAGUAGCCAAACCUAAUAUUGGUGAGAAAAGGCCGUCCAGGGUACGCGCCGAUGUUUCAAUAAACUUGAGCGUUCGUAAAGAGAUUAAAUCUGAGUGGGAAAACCUACGGAAGCACGAUGUAUGCUUCCUUAUCACUGUCAAGCCUGAAAAUCCUAUUGGCACGAAAUAUAGUCACAAAUUGCCCUUCGUCCCGCAAGUUGGAUUAACGACUGUUCGAGGGUGCGAGGUUGAAGGCAUGCUGGAUUCAAACGGGAGAGUGAUCGAAGACGGUCCUGAACCACGACCCAUUUUACCCGGGGACACUCGAACUUAUAGAGUCUGGUUGGAUUGUAAUCAGUACAGAAUCGACAUGGAUAAUGCCAGCCACGGUGGCGAGGAUGUCUACGAAAGCUUUAAUAUUAUAAUGAGACGUAAACCCAAAGAGAACAAUUUUAAAGCAGUUUUGGAGACGAUAAGGGAACUUAUGAAUACGGAAUGUGUCGUGCCUGACUGGCUUCACGACAUAAUUCUCGGGUACGGCGAUCCUGGCGCGGCUCGGUAUUCCAGAAUGCAAAAUGAGAUCGCUAAAAUGGACUUCAACGACACGUUCCUCGACAUUAAUCAUUUAAACGCUAGUUUCCCUCAAUACGAGAUUAAAGUUUCGACGACCGACGAAUCGAAACUGGUUCGACCUUUUCGUUUAACGUUUGAAGACGUGCUUGCCAAACAUAAUGAUGAGCCAGUGAAGGAAGUGAUUAGAGUGGAACCACACGUUCCACCUAGUAGAGGUCCCUAUAAAGCUAAUGAGCCAAAAAAGAAUCAAAUACCAUUUACACCAACGCAAGUCGAAGCUAUUCGUGCGGGCAUGCAACCCGGACUGACGCUUGUCGUGGGACCACCUGGUACCGGAAAGACAGACGUUGCUGUACAAAUCAUAUCGAAUCUGUAUCACAAUUUUCCCAAUCAACGGACUCUUAUAGUUACGCAUUCGAAUCAAGCUUUAAAUCAGCUUUUCGAGAAAAUUAUGGCCCUCGACAUCGACGAAAGGCAUUUGCUACGUCUUGGUCACGGCGAGGAAGCGUUAGAAACUGAAAAAGAUUUCAGUAGAUAUGGUAGAGUCAACUAUGUUCUAGCGAAACGCUUGGAUCUCUUAAUGGAAGUUCAAAGAUUACAGGAAUCGUUGAACGUAAAAGGUGACGUAGCUUACACGUGCGAAACAGCAGGACACUUUUUUAUGUAUCAAAUAUUGACAAGAUGGGAACGCUUCGAAAUGAGAAUAAAACAAAGACGGGGACCGGAUAGUAAAUCACCUCCUGCGUAUAUCGUAGACGAGGAAUUUCCGUUUCAUAAGUUCUUUGAUAAUGCACCACAACCGCUGUUUAAACGCAAUAGUUUCGAGGAAGAUAUUGAAAUUGCGUGCAGCUGUUUCAGAUACAUAGAACGAAUUUUUGCCCAAUUAGAAGAAUUUAGAGCCUUCGAAUUGUUGCGAUCUGGUUUAGACAGAUCGAAGUAUUUAUUAGUCAAGGAAGCAAAAGUAAUUGCUAUGACUUGCACGCAUGCUGCCCUUAAGAGGCGCGAGCUCGUAGAUAUGGGAUUUAAAUAUGAUAAUAUUCUCAUGGAAGAGUCAGCACAAAUUUUGGAAAUCGAAACUUUUAUUCCGUUGCUGCUACAGAAUCCGCAAGACGGAUACAAUCGAUUGAAACGUUGGAUAAUGAUCGGAGAUCAUCAUCAGUUACCGCCAGUUAUCAAGAAUAUGGCCUUUCAGAAAUACUCGAACAUGGAGCAAUCUCUUUUCGCGAGAUUCGUUCGGCUGGGAGUGCCCACCGUCGACCUCGAUGGUCAAGGUCGUGCGAGACCUAGUAUCUGCAAUUUGUACAAUUGGCGUUACAAGAAAUUGGGCAAUCUCGUGCACGUCGAAAACAGUCCGGAGUACUUGGUGGCGAACGCUGGCUUUUUAUACGACUUUCAACUCAUCAACGUCGAAGACUUCAACGGAGUUGGGGAAAGCGAACCCAGCGCGUACUUCUAUCAAAAUCUCGCUGAGGCCGAAUAUUGCGUGGCUGUGUUCAUGUACAUGCGACUUCUCGGUUAUCCAGCCGACAAAAUUAGCAUAUUAACCACGUACAAUGGACAGAAACAUUUGAUAAGGGACGUGAUAAAUAUAAGAUGCGCCAGUAAUCCUUUGAUCGGUCGGCCGAAUAAGGUGACGACGGUUGAUAAGUACCAGGGUCAGCAGAACGAUUAUAUACUACUGUCCCUUGUGAAAACUAGAGCGGUGGGUCAUCUGCGAGACGCUCGUCGUUUAGUAGUCGCUAUGUCGAGAGCCCGUCUUGGCCUUUAUGUGUUCGCCAGAGUCUCGCUUUUCAAGAACUGUUUUGAACUGACGCCCGCAUUUGCCCAGUUAAUGCAACGGCCGUUGAAACUACAACUCAUUCCGCAAGAACAUUAUCCCACAGAUAGACUCAACGAUGCCAUCCCAUCUACUUCGCCAAUGGAAAUUGAAGACAUGCCACAUAUGGCUAAAUUUGUCUACGAUUAUUACAUCGAGAAAAUUAGCGGUAUGAAGGAAUCGCAGAAAGCGUGGCAGAAACCAGGCAUGGUUCAAACGCCAGGUAGUCCGACUUACAAGGUGCCUGCUCAUCCCGGAGCAGAUGAUGACACGGAUGACGAGGAACUUAAUCAGAUGGAAGACGAAAAGAAAAACGUUAAAGAGGAAACCGUAGAACCGAAAUUCGAGUUAAUAGAAAAUUUAGUUGAAGAACCGUCUCCAGAGAAUGAAGACAACGAUCGUUAAGAAAAUGCUCGAAACUAAGAAUGAGACUUAUGAAAUGUAAAAUAAACAAAUAUUUUUACUGAAAA